UAGCGGGCGUGGGUGCAGUGGCGCGCGGCGUGCUCGAGUGGAGGUGUGUGGUCGCCGGUCUCCGUCUGGUUGGCUGUGGAGGCGGGAGAUGGCUCGUUAAUUGCUGUCGGUACCUACUCAGUGAGACGAUGGACGGGGCGGGGCCGGCGCUGGUGCGGCGCGGCUCCAUGCGGAAGCUGCUGCCCAGCGUGCCGGACCAGCAGCAGCAGCUGGCCAUGAGUAACCAGCUGAUCGACAGCCGGACCAGCUCGCCGCGCGGCGCCCACUGCUACGGGCCGUUCUUCCUCGAGUAUGCCCUGCUGGCCGAGUACAACCUGCUGCAGCGGCAGCGGCUGCCCGGCGUGUACACCGUGCCCGCCGCGCGGACGCCGCUGGUGUGGUUCGGAGUGCUGUUCAUACGGCAGGGCUACUACCAGGAGGGCGUGUUCCGGUUCUCCGUCAUCAUCCCUGAGCAGUUUCCCGACGGAGACUGCCCGCGAGUGGUAAUGGAGACGCCCGUCUUCCACCCGCUCGUCCACCCGGAGACGGGUGAGGUGGACAUCCGGCGCGGCUUCCACCGGUGGAAGCGCAACUCGCACCACAUCUGGCACGUGCUGCUCUACCUGCGGAAGGCCUUCUACAAGAUCGAGACGGUGCAGCCGUCCAACCCGGAGGCGGCCGUCAUGUUUGAGAAGGCGCGUGACAUGUUCGCGCUGCGAGCCGCCGAGUGUGUGAAGCUGAGCAGGGACCGGCUGAUGGACCCGCCGGCCUCGGACGACCCGCACAGCAUUGUGUUCAGCCAGUUCCGGCCCGAGGUGCACGAGCCCGUCCGACAGGCCAUGCUCCAGCCCAAGAAGGAGGAGGACCUACCCUCGGGACCGGCCAGCGUCGGCUACUCCUGGGUCCAGCCCGGCACACUGGACAUCUUCUCCAAGCCCGAGUCGCUCUGAGGCCCGCCCGCCGCGCCGGACAGCCCGAGUGUGACGCUGAGUGACGUUACGGAGGGGUGAUGUGACGGCGAGUGACGUGACGGACGGGCAGAGUGACGCCUAGUGAUGUGACACUGAGUGACGUGACGUCAGCCGGGCCCUCGGACGGUGAUUUGCUGUCGAACUAAAGCGCCCGAGAGACUGUGAUUGUGUGUGUGAUAAAGAGAUCGCUUCUGGCGGAGAAUUUUGCACAAUAUGGCAGCUGACUUCGGUUGCAGCAACAGACUUCAAACUGUGGAGAUCACCAUCUUCUAGACGCAGUAGCUCGCAGUGCAGUCUUCAGUGGACAGACACCCCGCGCAACUGACUUCCUAUCAGUGGCGACGGUGAUAAAGACAUCUGCUACGCUGUGAGGCGGACGACCUUGCAGUAGCGACCCACUGACGAGCCGUCUGGCAGUACAGGGGACCGCGGCGACAAAAUCAAUGAUAUUCUGAGAACGAGAGCCGCGGGGCAGCGAUAUUGACCGUAGUUAGCCGUGUAGUGCUGGACCCGCCGAGACGGGUUCGACGUGCGAUUGAAGAAGACUUAGUUUGGCAGCCGAUUCAGAGUGGGUUUCGCUUGGAUGUGUCGUUAGGAGUUGGAGCGUGAUGCAUGAAAUACGCAGCACAGGUACAUCCUAAUAGAACUUUACCAUUAAUAUUUAAACAUUAACAUGUAUGUACCGAUUGUAUGUGAUGCUAUGCUACGUUUGUUCCUCCCUGAUCAUAAUUGAUAUUCGUAACUGUGUGUUGCUGAUCUAUGAAGGCGGCUGCCGAUAUUGUAUCCCGCUAGUGUGUCUUCCAUGGUUGCGCGCAUUCUCUCUAUGAAAUCCAAUGUUACCCCGAUUCCAGGGGCAAAGUGGCACUGACAUGGAUAAUAUGUCCCGCAUAAUGAUGUGUGAAUGAUCCGUCUCGUCUGACGAAUUCCUAACCCGUUUUAAUGCCGACACUGACGUGCUUCCUGUGAUUCUAGUAGCGGCGGAACCGAACCAGGCCUGGACGCAGCUUCUAAUUAGAGCCUGGCGCCGCCGUGGUUAUUUAAUAAAUGGCUAAUGCAUC